GCCGGUGCCCUGGCGGAGGGCAGCGGAGGGACUACUUUCUGUCGGAAGGCCGUGCUGCGCCUUUCUCUGCCUCUGCCCUGUGCUGGGCCGCCAUCUUGAAUUUUAAUGUUGAUUUCUUUAAAAAAAAAUGAGUUUGCAGUGAUAUUUCCGCCCCGGGUCCGCAGCCAGCCGUGGAUGUAGAGUGGCGGAGCGGCGAGUCGCGGUCGUGUCGGCGUCCCCCCUCCCCGGGUUCCGUCUUCAUACCCCGUCUUCCCCCUCUGAGAGCGUGUUUUCACCUGGGAGACUAAAUGCAACUGGUCCAGGGGGAUUGUGGGUAUGAAGUGGCUGGGCGAAUCCAAGAACAUGGUGUUGAAUGGCAGACGACACGGGAACAAGCCGCCCGGCGAGCCGCCGGUGAGCCAGAGCCAGAGUCAGACCCGCUCCCAGCAGCCCCAGCGGGCGUCGCUGCGCCACGGCAAGAGCCACCCCAGGCCCCGGAGAUGUAGCCGCAGGUUCGCCGCCGCCACCCUGGAGGCCGAGCGGAGGUACGUGCCGUCCUCGGGGAUGACCGCCAAGGAGCUGUGCGAGAACGACGACAUGACCACCAGCCUCAUCCUGGACCCCUACCUGGGCUUCCAGACCCACAAGAUGAACACCAGAUUUCGACCAAUCAAAGGCCGGCAGGAGGAGCUGAAGGAGAUCAUCGAGCGCUUCAAGAAGCACGACAACCUGGAGAAGGCCUUCCGGGCCCUGACGACCGGAGACUGGUCCCGGAACCUCUUCCUCCACAAGACCAAGGCCCAGGAGAAGCUCUUCAAGCAGCAUGUGUUCGUGUACCUGCGGAUGUUCGCCACGGACAGUGGCUUCGAGAUCCUCCCCUGCAAUCGCUAUUCGUCCGAGCAGAACGGAGCCAAGAUCGUGGCCACCAAGGAAUGGAAGAGGAACGAUAAGAUCGAGUACCUGGUGGGCUGCAUCGCCGAGCUGUCGGAGAGCGAGGAGAACCUGCUACUGCGGCACGGCGAGAACGACUUCAGCGUCAUGUACUCCACCCGCAAGAACUGCGCCCAGCUGUGGCUCGGCCCCGCCGCCUUCAUCAACCACGACUGCCGGCCGAACUGUAAGUUCGUGUCGACCGGACGGGACACGGCCUGCGUCAAGGUGCUGAGGGACAUCGAGCCGGGGGAGGAGAUCUCCUGUUACUACGGAGACGGCUUCUUCGGCGAGAGCAACGAGUUCUGUGAAUGCUACACGUGCGAAAGACGGGGAACCGGAGCCUUCAAGUCCAAAGCGGGGCUCCCGGCGGAGGUGCCGGUGAUCAACAGCAAGUACGGCUUGAGGGAGACGGACAAGCGUCUGAACAGACUGAAGAAGCUGGGCGAGGGCAACCGCAGCUCGGACAGCCACUCCGUCGGCUCGCACACCGACGGUGACUCUCAGGAAAUGCCAAAAACACAUCAAUCCGCCAGGAAAAGAAGUUCGUCCUCGUCUUCGUCGUCCGGCCUGAAGUUUAAAAACAGGACUCCCAGCAGAGCCGCCGCGCCCCGGGCGCUUUCUACCUCAUGUUCCAAACAAGGUCGCGUAAACAAUAACAGGGUACCAAAGAGACUAAAAUCCCAAUCCAAGCCUUCACUAAGCAAAGUCCAGCUGCGGAGCCGCAGGAGGGGGGCGGAGCCCAAGGCGGCGCCGCCGCCCCGCGGCGAGGCGUGCCAGCUGGGUCUCAGGGACUCCAAGGUGUCGCUCUGCAAAGGCGUCACCGUCAAAAAGGAGAAGGACGGCGUGCCACCGCUGCCACCGCCGUCGGGCUCGCGGGGCUGCGUCACCCGCCACGCCGCCAAGGAGAACGGGAGCCCGGCGGCGGCGCCGCAGGCCGGCGAGGGCGGCGGCUGCUCCACCUACAGAACUCGCAGGUCCACCAGGACGCAGCUGCGGACGCAGGACGCGGCAGCCGGCGUCAAGCUGGAGCCGCGGGCGCUGCUGGACGGCCUGAGCCCCGUCCCCGGCGGCGUGGUCAUCAAGACGGAGCCCGCCGACAUGGACGAGUACCUGCGCCACAGUGCGGGGCUGGAGGCGCCGGCACUGGAUGGCGGCUACGCCCGCAGGUCGUCGCGGGCCAAGCGGAAGCGACUGACGGGGCUCCGGGCCGACCGGACCAUCAAGCGCGAGGAUCUGUAUGGCGAGCCGUUCCUGCCGGUGGCGGCGGGGCACGCCGCCGCCGCCGGCUUCUCAGACUGCGGCAACGUGCUGCUGAGCUUCGCCGAUCGGCACCGGGACUACAACGGCCUGGCCAAUGGCGGCGGCAAGCCGCUGCGCCGGGACAAGGCCAAGGGCGGCUGUCGCUCGCAGGACAAGGCCAAGAAGAAGCGGCGCAUCACGCGGUACGACGCCCAGCUAAUCCUGGAGAACAACACGGGCAUCCCCAAGCUGACGCUGCGGCGCCGCCGGGACAGCAGCGGCAGCAAGACCAACGACCCCGGCGACCCCGUGGGCGCCGCCGCCGCCGCCGCCGCCGCCUCCUCCAGCAAGAUCAGCAUCAAGUUCAGCAAGGACCGCGACAAGGACAAAGGCAGCUCCUACAUCGCUAAGCUCAACAACGGCUUCACGCCCGCCGCACACGCCAGCGCCACCAAGCUGAAGAUCCAGCUGAAGCGCGAGGAUGACGCCCGCCGGCAGGCCAAGGCCGACCGCCUGCCGCCCUACAACGGCGACGGCGAGGCCCGCAACGGCGGCCACCGGACCCAGAACACGCUGGCGGAGCCGUCUUCCGACGAGGAGGAGGACGAGGAGGAGGAUGAGGACGACGAGGACGAGGACGAGGACGACUACUUCGACAACGAGUUCGAGGACGAUUUCAUUCCACUUCCUCCGGCGAAGCGGCUGCGGCUCAUCGUGGGCAAAGACUCGAUAGACAUCGAUAUCUCCUCCAGGAGGAGAGAGGAUCAGUCCCUGAGGCUCAACGCGUGAAGCCGCCGCCCCCCUGUACAUACCGGCCGCCGCCGCCGCCGCCGAUCAACUGUCCUGUUGAUGUAAAAGAAGUAAUUUAAAAAGGAGCGAGGCGCCGCUAGAGGGCGCCGUUCGGCUCAAACCGCCAUCCGGGCCGCAGCUCGGGGACGGCUCGGUCCAGCUGAUGUAACUCCUUCCACUGGGUGGCAGCAGAGGUGGAGGGACUCACUGCACCAUCUGCUGGCACACAGUGGAACUGCAUCCCCCAUUCCUUCAUCUCUGUGUUGAAGCUUUUCUUUUGUACACGUUUGACUCCAGGCUGGACGUUGAAGGUUUGAAAUGCGUUCUUCACUUUUUUCAGUUUAAAUUAAUUAAUUUGACCAACAACAGCGGAGCGGGAAAAAGAACGAACAGAGAACUGGAGCGUAAAAUAUAUUUUCUCCACUUUAAUGUGAAAAUUCCAUUUAACUGAAUUUGUGUUUCUAAUGGAGAAAGCCCCGCCUCCAUCAGUGUCUGAUUGGCUGCUUCUCCCCGUCACUCGUCGUUUCAGCUCUUUAAAUGCGUCAGUGCGCAUUUUAUUUUCAGAUACUCCCGUUUCUCCUGCUUUUCUGUUCUUUCCUGGCAUUUUGUGGGAUGACAACCGACCCGAGCGGCGUUCCUCAGACCGCCGGACGCGGUUUCAGCCGAGCUUCUUUAUAAGAAUGCACUUGUUCUAUUCAUGGCGGACGUGGAUAUUGUAGAAAGUGUACAGUAUGGUGCAGUCACUCUGUCUCAUAGGCAGGUUUUUUUUUUUUUUUUUUUUUUAUUUUGAAACUUUUUCUGUUUGUCAGCGGCGAGGAGGUUCCGAGGCAUUAGGACGGGUCGCGCCAUAUUAUUUCCCGCCGCUCGCCCGCUCCUCUGGUGUAAAGCGCACCGGCGGCGUGUAAACAGACGAAGGAAAGCCCCGCCUCCAGCAGUCCGCCCACCCGGCCAUGCUAUUACUCACACCUGGACUCCUCGCAGGACUCGCCACAGAUUUUCAAAUUAAAAGCAUCUCCCGGCAUUCAACCAGAAUCCUUCAGUUACUUUCUCUUUUAGUCUUCAGUCAGUUUGCAGCUGGAUUGCAAAGAACUGAGCCACACACACACACACACACACACACACUGAACAUCUUAAGGAUCUUUCAUUCUAAACCAUUCAUCCAUUCAUUUCAAAUCAUCCAUACAUCUCAGAAGUGUAUCUUAAGGAAUCAUCCGAGGUGAACCAUCCUUUCAGAAUAAGAGCAGCUGAAGUUCCAGCUUAGCAGAACCAGAACAGAGUGGGUCUAAUACUGUGGCCGGUGGGCGUUCUGUGUUACCCUCAACACAUCAGGCACCUUCAAAAUAAAGCGAAGGGUUCUUUUUUUUUUAUGUGAAUGUCAUCAGAAACAAACAGGACAUUUUGGGAUCAAUUCGGGAUUUAAGUCCUUCUUGUUAUUUUCAUUUUCUGACCAUGUGGAGAUCAUCUAAUGCCGACUGAUCAAUACGAGUCGAUUCACUAAUCAUGAAGUUUCAGAUUGGUCACUUCCUGUCUGUUUUCAGAUCUACUCGAACCAUGUUCGGAGAAACAGGUGCACAGUGGGAAUGUUUUUGUUGAUCAGUAAAUUAAAACUUUUUUUCAUAAUUGACUUCAUGCUUUUGGAAAUAUUUAAAAGCGAUCAAUUUAUUCUGAAGAUUCAUUCAAAGUGGAACAUGAAUUAAAAUGUCUGUGGACCCAGAAUAGAUCCUUGUGGAACACCAGACUGAAUAAUCUUAAUCCCAAACACAAAAGCACAUCAUCUGAGAUAAUUCCGCAGAUUUUUUUAAUCAGUGACCCAUAAACCACCUCCACAUUCUUCUGGGAUGUUUUUCCUGUUGCAACCUGAUCUGCAAGAACCCAGAACCGAUCCCUGUGGAGCACCUCCAGCCCAGUCUGAAGCCAUUAUUACCAUUGUUCCACUAUAAUUCGACAUAUUUCUGUCGUCGUACCACUUUUUAACUAGUUUAGUUCACAUAGUUGAACAUCUUUCCGACUUUUUAAGAGUUCACUUUAAUCCUUGCCUUGAUGCUGCGACCUGAUGCAAGAUCAUAAAGUAGAACCACAGUGGUCCCACAGCAGAUCCAUGUGGAACACCAGACAUCAAACUAACUGGAUCUGCAGCAAUCACUUAAGACAUUGUUUCUUUCAACGUUAAAGUAAAUAAUGGAAAUGUCAAUUUAUCCACGUCGACCGCAGUUCAGAACUUGAAGGGUCCCAGAAUUGAUCCCUGCGGAACGCCACUUGUAAAGUAGCUUGCGGGCGUUGGACCGGCAUCUGUUUACACGGCUCAGAGGACCUGAUGGCGGUGACAUGACGUGGCACGGCGCUGGUCCGAGGAGACCUUUAUGCAUUUCCUCCGGAGGCGUGGCGUACAGAACGAGCAGCUUCCCGCCGGUUUCCCCCGCCCCUUGCGUUGCCCCCCCACCCCUUUGAUGAGCUCCUGAGUUCCUCCAGGUGCCUUAAAAGAGACACGUAGACCAAAACGUCUGGGACUGUAAGCAGGAAGCUGCCGCUCCUUCUGUACAUCACUCCUCCUCCUCCUUCUGCGGAGCGAUCAGCCGAGACUGAACGUCUUCUUCUUCUUGUGUUGAUACCGUUCACAUCACCAGCAGCUCAUCGGACGUCUCCAUCAUCCGCUGUAAACUCUUCCAGGUGUUCCGUCUGUGUGCUCUUUGUCACCAUUUCCGACAAGAAAAAGAAAAAGCUAAAAAAAAAAUCAAUAAAAAUAAAAGAAAACAAACUGAACCCAAUGUGAAUAGUUAGCGGACAUGUUAGCGUGUUGCGUGGGCUAGCGGGAAACGUGUAAAGAGAAUUCAAAGUGGGCAGUGCGUAUAUUGUCCAAUAUGUAAAUCAUGUGAACACAUCUUGUACUUAUUUAACAGUUUUGAAUACUUGAAAACUAUAUAAAGUUUCUUUGUGA